UACCUGCCGGGACGGUGAGCGGUCCACCUGUGUUCCUUGUGGUCCAUCACUCGACUGUGGUCCAUCACUCGUCUGUGGUCCAUCACUCGUCUGUGGUCCACCACUGGUCUGUGGUCCAUCACUCACUUGUGGUCUACCACUCGUCUGUGGUCCAUCACACAUCUGUGGUCCAUCACUCGUCUGUGGUCCAUCACUCGUCUGUGGUCCACCACUGGUCUGUGGUCCAUCACUCAUUUGUGGUCUACCACUCAUCUGUGGUCCAUAACACAUCUGUGGUCCAUCACUCGUCCAUGGUCCAGCUAUGGUCCACCUGUGGUCUACCAAGAUGUAACAGUGACUCCGCUGCUGUGAGUGUGGUACUGCUGACUCUGCUGCCGUGAGUGUGGUACUGCUGACUACUGCUGUGAUUGUAGUGCUGGUGCUGCUGCUGGUGGUUGUGGUGGGGCUGUACCCUCCUGCCCAGCCCUCUGAAUCCUGAAACCUUGCUUCCUCUUGCACCAGUGGAGGAAAACACUAUGCCUUGCACUAUUAAAGAGGCGUUGAAGAUAGCAGGAGGUUGAGACAGUACCAUAUUUUCCUCAUACCAGCAUAGGUCGGUACCCAGCCAGCCACACUCACCACCAUCAAAUUCCUACCAUUACAUGUCGGAGAACCGUAUAUUAAGAGGCGUGGGGAUGACUUAUUUAAACGGAAAGAGAACUAGAUGUCUGUGUACUGUGCUGUACCGUAACUGGACUGAUUAGAAGUGAGAGAGCUUCAUGUCGAUCCUGGUUCGUACAGACAUGUCAGGUGCUAGUUCAUGAAGCUGCAUCGAGACAGUUCGUGAGGCUACGAAGCCUCUCCUGUGAGUGAGCAAUAUAUCUCAAGGUCCUCAACCCGUGUGAAUCAUUCAACACCAAGUCGUGGUACAGACUCGAUCCUCCGUCUGGUAAUUACAGUGGUGUGCUCCUGGCCAAAACCACUAGACUGAGAAGCUCUGCGAAGGAGAAACACUUUCACAUCCUACGAACUCCGCUCCCGAAGUGUAACUAAACCAGAGGUCGUUUAGCCGCCUCCUGCAGGCGCUGAAGAAGAUGUUGGACCUGCAGAGCCUGCAGAUAGUGCAGACCUGCUGCAGGAUGGACUACAAAUCUUCCACUUCCAGCCAGGAUAAAGGAGAAUCCAACACCAUAAUAAGCCAGUUGCACGUGGCGGUAAUGCGAGGGUUCAUCGAAGUGAUCUAUCACAUUACCAGACUUCUACCACACCAGGCUUUCCUCGACCUGGCCAACCACACUGGCAGGACGGCGCUGCACCUGGCGGUGGGCGCUGGUGACGCGGGCGUGGCAAGGCACCUGGUAGUGUGUGGUGCAUCUCCCGUGAGCAGGGAUCGUCGAGGCAACACGCCCCUUCACCUGGCGUGUGGUCAGGGUGACGCCCUCAUGGUCACCCAACUCACCAGACCCGUCACAGUAGCCGAGGUCAUCAAUGCUAGGCUCUCCUACGCCCCAGCACACACCGCCGGUCUCCUAGCUGCAGACCUCACCAACUAUGAUGGUGAGUGUUCCCAGUGGCUGUUUGUGCUAAGUAUUCCUGGGUAUUCUUCAAUGCACUGAGGUAUUCUAUGUUGG